UGUUGCAACUGGCUGGCCUUGUACUUCAAAAGACAGGCUCUGACAACCACAGCCACUAGUUGUGAAGAACAGAAGGUAGGAGAAAGCUUGUACACGUGUGAGGAGGAACGUUUUUAAAGCCCACACACCCGCACAGCGUGGAUUUAGGAAGUGUCAAAUGACACGAGAUUACUCUAUCUUCUCCGACUGUUGUCAGUGUAUUGUGGCCUGGCACGGAUGUACCUCUCCGUUGUGUCACGCCGUAUGAUCACAUUGUUCACAUUAGCCGUUUGCUGUUGUCCGCUUUGGCUUCCAAGCGCUGCCCGUUCUGUUUGCGCAGUGUGGAAAUGCGCGGACAGAUGGCUGCACUGGCAGUGCCUAUGACUGAAAACUUUCUGCACGCUUUCUUGCAGGACCGCACCCCGAGCUCUUCCCCUGAUGGACCCCCACAUCCCCUCCCUGUCCUGGCUCCCACGUGUGGCCAGGCACGGCAGGGGGGCAUCGGUGUGGGUUCGGAGGGCCAGCAGUUUAUGUAUGAGGGGUCCAUGGGCUCCUCCGGAAUGUUUCUGUGGGGCAGUGAGGUGGCGUCUGCCACCAGUACCACCCUGAGGACCCACCAGGUGGCAUUCACCAUGCCCAAGGUUCAGUUCCCUGGACCGGCCCGGACCGGGGCUGGGUCUCACCAUCUCCAUCAUCACCAUCACCAUGAGCUACCCCUCACUCCACCUGCUGACCCCCCCAACUCCUAUUCAUUCCAGCUCUCCCCCGUCAAGGUGGUUACCUCCCAGGUGCAGGGCAACAGCUCCUACUACCACCAGCAGCAGAGCGGGAGCUCCAGUCAGAACUUCCCCAGUCUCUUCCAGAGCUCUUCCACCAGGCUGUUGGGCAGACAUACAGACGGGGAGUGGUGGAGCCUGCCACAGACUAGUGGGGUUGCUGCCGCCAGCCGCCCUUUCUCCCUGGGGAGGCAGCUGGCGCUGGGCCGCCAGCAGCAGAUCAGUGCUCUCCUCCAGCGCCCACACAAGGGGCUGCUGAGUGGCGCACGCCGCUGUCGAAGGUGCAGGUGCCCCAACUGCCAGGCUACUGUGGGUGGUGGCGCUGCGGAGCUGGGCAAGAAGAAGCUGCAUGUCUGCCACGUCCCAGCAUGCGCCAAGGUAUACAAGAAGACGUCACACCUGAAGGCGCACCUGCGUUGGCACGCCGGUGAGAGGCCCUUCGUCUGCGGCUGGCUGUUCUGUGGCAAGAGCUUCACUCGCUCCGACGAGCUUCAGCGCCACCUGCGGACACACACAGGAGAAAAACGCUUCGGCUGCCAGCAGUGCGGCAAGCGCUUCAUGCGGAGUGACCACCUGGCCAAGCAUGCCAAGACCCACCAGAGCAGGAAGUGCAGAGCCCCCGCAGAGGUCCCUCUCAGGGACGUCAAGAGGGAGUGA